GCGAGGACUGAAUAAAUUGAAUAGACGUUGCAAGAAAAUAGACAUGUAUAGAGGAAUAGUAUAGGGAAAUUUUUGGUUAGGAAUCGGAGAAUGAUACGCUUUGAGAGGCAACUUCAGCCAAUGCCGUCAGAAGCACGUGGGCAGUCAAGCCCAUUGAUUUCAAUAUUUAUCCGGGUUCGCACGUGUGAUUAAGACUUUUAAUUUUUCAAAUAUGUUUCUCCAAGGUUUGACAACUCUUGUCAAACGAAAGGGGAGUUAUGCUGAGAAACUCGCAUCCUUUAGGAUUGACAAAGAACCAGACAAGAAUGACUAUAAAAGAAUUCUGGAUGUACUAUGCGAAUUCUUGAUGAAUCCAGAGUCCACAGAGGAUGUUGCCGAAUGUUUUCCACAGUUACUGCCAGCAUUAAUUUCUAUGAGCAUUUCUAUGGAUAAAAUUUCUUUUAAUGAUGGGGAUUUGCUUCAUAAAUUGAAUUGUGUUAUCUUGGGAAAAUUGCUUCGCAAGAAUUCGGAUAUCUUAGUAUUCGUCCUACAUUAUUUUGAUGUUAAUCCAGCACCAUUUGAAUCUAUAGAAGUUGAUCGUAGUGAUCUUUCAAAGAGAUGCACCAAGAGAAAAGUAGUAUCUAUCACAGAAAUAUCUGAUUAUGAUUUAAUAACUGCUUGUUACGAUAUUCUAUGUAGUUCGUCUAUGUAUUUUAAGUAUACUUGGAAUUGGUCUAAAUUUUAUAAAUAUCUGUCUCAUGAAGAUGCAGCUGUUAGAUGGGUAGCGAUGAAUUGUGUCGCUAUUGUAUUAGGAAUGUCAGAAUCCUGUUAUCUAUAUCAUGCAAGUGAUUUUAUUCCUAAUAUCGAAGAGUUUCAAUUUUCAAUUGAAAAUGAAAAAGUUAAUCAAAGUAAUGUAACGUUUGAAGAUACCGAGGAAAUGGAUCAAAUUCUCGAUGUACCCUCGGUAGUAUCAAUUGAAGGAGUUCUACUUCCAAUAUUUAAAAAGACUAGAAGUAGAAAUGAAUUGAAUUUAGUUCCUGUACCAUCUACCCGACAAAAUCUACGGAACUUGGCUUUCGCUGUGUCUUCCAAUAAAUGCGUAUGUUUACAAGGUGCGGUUGGAUCGGGAAAAACUGCGUUAAUAGAAUUCUUGGCACAAGCUACUGGUCAUGACGCAGAGAAUUUUGCGAAAGUACAAUUAGGUGAUCAGACGGAUUCCAAGAUGUUAUUAGGAAUGUACAGAUGUACUGACAUUCCCGGAGAGUUUUUAUGGCAGCCAGGAGUACUAACUGAAGCUGUAUUAUCUGGCAAAUGGUUGCUCUUAGAAGACAUUGAUUGUGCUGCGACAGAUGUUAUCAGUGUUAUUGCACAACUUGUAGAAACUAAAACAUUAUCUGUCCCUGGAUACAGAGACUUGAUACACGUAAAAAGAGGAUUUCAAUUAUUUGUUACUAGAAGAUUAACUUCUGCGGGAACACAGAAGUCGUUUCAAAUGCCAGUACAAAAACAAUGGUUUUGUGUUAACGUAGAAUCUUUAUCAAAGAAAGAACUUGUGACAAUAGUUCAAGUUUUGUUUCCAAUAUUACAUACUGUAGCUACAAAAAUUGUUGACGUAUAUUUAUUAUUUUCUGCUGGAGACCAUGAAGAUGACACUGUAAAUAAUGUAAGGAACAGUAGACAGAUUUCUACCAGGGAUUUAAUCAAGUGGUGUUCUAGAGCUAUUGUUGAUUUUGAUGUAUCUUCGCCUGCUUCAGCAUUGAAAAUCUUGCAAGAUGCCUUGGAUGUUUUUUGCUGUUCAGUGCCCAAUUCUGUGCAACGUUUGAAUUUAGCAAUAUCAAUAGCGCACAAACUAGGUAUUGUAAAAACAAAAGCAGAAUUUUUUUCUGAAGUACAUAAACCAAUUGUAAAUCUCCACAAAGAACGUUUCGUAGUUGGAAGAGCAAAGCUAGAAAUAAAAAAGAUUGAUAGAGUUAAAUUGACACCGAGAAAUUCAAAUUUUUCAUACACAAGACCGUCCGUGUGUCUUUUAGAACGGAUAGCUAGUUGCAUUGUUCAGAAAGAGCCAGUUCUUUUAGUUGGGGAGACUGGAACAGGAAAGACAACUUGUGUACAAUAUCUUGCCCAAAUAACGUGUCAUAAAUUAAUAGUAAUAAAUAUGAAUCAACAGAGUGAAAGUACAGAUUUACUUGGUGGCUAUAAACCGGUAGAUCUCAAGCUUCUUAUCCUUCCGAUUCGCGAGGAAUUCGAAAUUUUGUUUCGAUCUUAUUUCGCGAUCGAGCCAAAUAAAAAGUUUUUGAAUCACAUCGGACGAUGUUUUGAAGAAAGAAAAUGGAAGACGUUGACUACUUUAAUGAUUCAUAGCACUAGCGCUGCUUUGAAGAGACUAGAAGCAUCUUCGAAAAAUCAGGAUGAAAUAGAGCAUUCGAAGAAAUGGGGAAAACUAGCAGAGAAGUUAGAGAAACUUCGGUCUCAGGUGCAGAGUCAGUAUUCCUUAGCAUUUUCUUUCGUAGAGGGUAGCCUAGUCAAGGCACUGAAAAAUGGAGAUUGGGUUUUGUUAGAUGAGAUCAAUUUAGCUACUGCAGAAACGUUAGAGUGUCUUUCUGGUUUGUUGGAAGGAUCUUGCGGAUCUUUGUCCUUGCUAGAGCGCGGAGACAGAGAAUCGAUUAAAAGACACGAAGAUUUUGCAAUUUUUGCUUGCAUGAAUCCUGCAACGGACGUUGGGAAGAAAGAUCUUCCCAUAGGUCUAAGAAAUAGAUUUACAGAAUUCUUUGUUGACGAGCUCACAGAGAAAUCCGAUUUACAACUUUUGGUGAGUUCGUAUUUGAGCGAUUUGAACCUGCCACCGGAAAAAAUUGAAAGCAUUGUUAAGUUUUACUUGAACGUAAGGAACGAAGCAGAAGCGAAUCUUCUUGAUGGAACGGGGCACAAGCCGCAUUACAGUUUGAGAACUUUAUGUCGUGCUUUAAGCGUGUCGGCACAAAAUCCCUGUGGGAAUAUAUUGAGAUCUUUAUUCGAAGCAUUUUGUUUAAGUUUUCUAACGCAGUUAGAUAGCAAAUCGUACCCGCUAGUACAAAGAAUGAUUGUAAAAGCCAUUUUAGGAGAGAAAGCUGCAAGUGCUAUUAUCGGAACUCCAAUUCCAAGGCCGCGUGGACGCGCUGAAAGUUUCAUGUGUUUUGAAAGCUAUUGGAUUCCUAAAGGUGAUCUAGAACCACAGAUUCCAGAAGAUUAUAUUCUCACAGAAACAGUAAAGCAGAAUUUGAAAGAUUUAGUGCGAGUGGUAUCCAUUGGUAAAAUGCCUGUAUUAUUGCAAGGUGAUACGUCUGUUGGAAAGACCAGUUUGAUAACAUACUUGGCAAAAGCUUCUGGACAUGUCUGUGUUAGAAUUAACAAUCACGAACACACUGAUUUGCAAGAAUACGUGGGGACUUAUGUAGCUGAUUCAUCAGGAAAAUUAGUUUUUAAAGAGGGUAUUUUAGUGGACGCUAUGCGUAAAGGAUACUGGAUAAUUUUGGACGAGUUAAAUUUAGCACCUAGCGAUGUUUUGGAAGCUUUGAAUAGAGUUCUUGAUGACAAUCGGGAAUUGUUUAUUCCUGAAACUCAACAAGUUGUGAAAGCACACGAUAAUUUUAUGCUUUUUGCUACGCAAAACCCUCCAGGUUUAUAUGGUGGAAGAAAGGUACUAUCACGUGCAUUUAGAAAUAGAUUUGUCGAGUUGCACUUUGAUGAAAUUCCACCUACAGAACUUCAAGUGAUUCUACAUAAAAGAUGUAAGAUGCCAGAAACAUAUUGCAAACAAGUGAUCAAUGUAAUGACAGAGCUCCAAGUACGAAGAAAGAGCACUGCAACUUUUGCCGGGAAAAAAGGAUUUAUAACUCUUAGAGAUUUGUUCCGCUGGGCUGAACGAUAUCAUCUCGCACCCACUGUUGGAAGCGGUUUUUACGAUUGGAGUCAACACUUAGCCGACGAAGGAUAUCUGGUUCUCUCUUCAAAAGUUCGUCAUCCAGAAGAAUGUCUAGAAAUCAUAGAAGUAUUAAAGAAACAUCUAAAAAGAGAUGUUGUUCCAGAUAAUCUAUUUUCACUCUCUGAAACGACUUCUACCGUGACUAAGCCAAUCUUGGAAUCUCUUCUAUUAAGAAAGAUUCCAGGAUUUGAACAUAUAGUCUGGACAUAUCAAAUGCGUAAAAUGGCGGUACUUCUUUCGAAGGCGUGUGAGUUCAAAGAGCCGGUACUAUUAAUUGGCGAAACAGGUGGUGGCAAAACGACAGUGUGUCAACUGCUGUCUGUGAUUAGGCAACAAGAACUUAGUGUUGUUAACUGCCACAUGCAUACAGAGGCUUCGGAUUUUCUCGGAAGUCUCCGUCCAGUUAGAGAACACAGAGAAAACCAGAAGCUGUUUGAAUGGGUCGAUGGCCCUUUAGUGAAAUCAAUGAAAAACGGAGGCUUGUUUUUGGUAGACGAAAUUUCUCUGGCGGAUGACAGCGUACUCGAAAGGCUAAAUUCUCUUUUAGAACCUGAACGUAAACUUUUAAUUGCUGAAAAACCAUCAGCCGAAGUAAACGCAACAGUAACUGCACAUGAAAAUUUCGUCUUCGUUGGCACAAUGAAUCCCGGCGGUGAUUAUGGUAAAAAGGAACUUUCACCCGCUCUUAGAAAUAGAUUUACGGAAAUUUGGUGCGAAGGUUGUGUUUCAUCGGACGAUUUGAAGCGUAUUAUGGUACAUAAUUUACAUCAAAAAUACAAGGCAACAGUUUCUACAAUGAUAAUAGAGUUCAUUGAAUGGCUGAAAACAACAGAAAUAGGGAAAAAACUUGUUGUAAGUGUUAGAGACAUACUUACGUGGGUCAAUUUUGUUAAUUGUUGCGAAGAUUUAGAAAUAGAAGAUGCUUUUUACCAUGGUGCAGCUAUAAGCUACAUUGAUGGGCUCGGAUCUGGUUUGACUGCCGCAGAAAAUCCAAAGAAGUUGAAGAAUUUGAAGGACUCGGCGUUGAAAUUUAUUGAACAGCAAACACAGAGUACAUUAAAAUCUAAACUAGUGUUAAAUUAUGAAGAGUUUGACGUCGAAAAUUACGAAGAUAAAUUCGGAAUACAUCCAUUUUACGUCAAGAAAGGAAAUGAACGGAUUCCAAGCAACAUAGGAUUUGCUUUUGCAAGCCCAACAACCAAAAUUAAUACUCUGAAAGUUUUACGUGCCUUGCAAUUAAAGAAACCAAUUUUAUUGGAAGGUAGUCCAGGCGUUGGCAAAACUAGUUUAGUUUCUGCACUUGCUAGAGCAUCUGGACAUCGUCUUCUCAGAUUAAAUUUAAGUGAUCAAACGGAUAUUUCGGAUUUAUUUGGAGCUGACUUACCAGUAGAAGGAGGGAAGCCUGGUGAAUUUUCAUGGAGAGAUGGUCCUUUCUUAAGAGCUCUCAGAAAUGGAGAUUGGAUUCUUUUGGACGAAUUAAAUCUUGCAUCACAGUCGGUUCUUGAAGGAUUAAACGCCUGUCUUGAUCACCGUGGCGAAGUUUAUAUUCCAGAAUUAGGAAAGUCGUUUGUCGUAAUGCCAGGAACUCGAUUAUUUGGUUGUCAGAAUCCUCUUCGUCAAGGCGGAGCUAGAAGAGGGCUUCCAAAAUCAUUUUUAAAUCGCUUCACGCAAGUGUUUGUAGACGCUCUGGAGCAGAGGGACCUAAAAUUUAUUUUAAAUGCACAAUUUCCGGAAUUACCGGAAGAUUUGCUCGACAAGAUGAUUCAAUUCAACGAAGAAUUAAGCUCUCAAGUGGGAACCAGUUGGGGCCAUUCUGGAUCACCUUGGGAAAUGAACCUUAGGGAUGUCAGCAGGUGGUGUGAAAUAACCAUGGCAUCUUUCAAAAAGUGUGCAAAGAGAUCUAUCAAUCCCGGGAACGGUGCUCAACUAAUUUACGUGAAUCGAAUGAGGACAAAUGAAGAUAAAAAAAAUGUGAUCGAGAUGUAUAACAAAAUAUUCUCACAAAACGAAUGGGCCUUGCCAGAGGCAGAGUAUCCGGUCCACUUGACCAGAGAGAAGGUCUUCUUGGGAGACGAAAUACUGCAUCGCAGCGAUUCUGCGGUGUACGAGAACGACGAUUUGUUGCUCCUUAGAGAACAGAAAAUUGCCCUCAAGGGACUUGCGCAAUGUGUUAACAUGAAUUGGAUGGCCAUUCUGGUCGGUGGAUCUGGAACCGGGAAGACCAGUCUCGUUCAUCUCCUCGCAAACCUGGCUGGACAGAAGUUGAAAUCGAUCGCCGUCAAUUCUGCAAUGGACACUACGGAAAUUUUGGGCGGUUUUGAACAGGUAAGUCAUUUCUUUUUUCUUGCAUGUUCAAUGUAUACGUAGUAAGACAGAAAAUUCUGUCUGUUAAUUGAAACCGUGCAAAUACCUCCUAUUUUUGUGUCAAUUAUUUAUUGACAUUAUUCUGUAUUCACUACGA